AUGGAUGAAACCUUCUGCCCUCUCUGCGGGGUCAUCAUCGACACGUGGCAGAACGAGUUCGCCAUGACGCCCUCGGAACCGCUCAGCUGGCUUGCAGAUGUCCGAGCAAUCAAGACGACGAGGCACAUGCUCGACCCCGUCCUGACGGGUGUCGGCUGGCUCGGCUGGCUCAUGUCUCACGUCCAGGUCUUUGCACCGCACGAGAAGUCUGCCCACUACGCAAAUAUCACAAUCCGGGCAGAAGAGAACCAGGACGUGCAACAAUGGGAGCAGCAGUGGGAGAAUUUGCAGGCCUCUUUCGGCGCCAACGACCUGGGGUGCUCGCCGUACGACGACCGUUGGUGCUUCGCCAUGCAUGAUGCGUGCUGGGAGCUAUUGUGCGACCAUGUUGUUGUCGGCAGUGACGAGAGAGUUGACCCAUCUCGAAUAGCCAGCCACCUGUUUGCACUCUUGUACAACACGCCUGUGAGCGGCGAGACGACGCCGAUGCCGGGGCACGAUUACGGCCAUGCCGCCCAGUUCCAGGACUGGAAGGCUUCGGGAUACGACUAUAUUGAGCGUGUGAAUGGGUCCGGUUACUCGUUUCUCACCGACGACGUGAGGGAGAAGUUCCAAUUCAACCAUGAGAGGCUGCGAGAUGCCGCUCCCGCUUCCUUCGAGCCUGCAUCGCGUGGUGACUAUAGCACGUCUGACAUCUUAUGCCGUCUGCCCAACGAGAUCUGGAUGCUCAUCCUUGCUUCCUUGUCAUCUGUUGAGGUCUGCAGGGUACGGCUUGCGUCCAGAUACGUCGCAGAUGUCGCUACUCCAGGAGCAUUAUCCCAGCGAUUCUGGGCGAGCCGCUUUGCUUCCAACCGUGAGAUGGGCUUCGCCUUUGCCGGCCCUUCUUAUCCCAACCCAAACGAGCCUAUUGACUGGCGAGCACUAUAUUCUCGCGCAAAAGGAGCUCUCAAAUCCGACCUGUUUCCGGGAUUUAGGAACCGGCGUCGGAUCUGGCGAAGCCUUCAAGAUCUUUCCAAACAGGUUGGUAUCCGUCUGGCCAACGACAUCUGGCUAAGUGCAUUUCCCAAUCCAAUGCAGCCCGGACUGCCCAAGGGUGCCAGCUUGGGCCAGACUGCAUGUGCCGAGGCGUCACUCCCUCCAGGAGUGCCAGGGCCCCGACCUGAGAGAAAAGAGCUUACAUUAAGUUGCCGACUCUUUGAGCGGCAAAGUAUUCUCUGGCCCCAUAAUAUCGAUGCCAAAGAUUGCGAGCUGCGGAGCUCUUCCGUAUACUCUAAUGGCAGGCGCUAUAUCUGUGGCUUGCGUUUUAGUCUGCCUGCCAAGUCGUAUGCUGACAGGGCCAUGCGGGAAGCUGGCUUCAUCGAUCGACGUGGCGAGGACCGGGUCCCGAUCAGAUUGCAGGGUAGCUUGGAAAACCUCGACGUUGCUAUGACUGCGAAGGGAGUCACGGGUCUUCGCUUCCACAUGCGCAACGCACGAGGAGCAUAUUCAGUCUCAGUCGGUGAUAUGGGAGUGGAGUGCCCCGAAAGUGGAAUUGGUCGACUGGCACGAAGCAACAACGCAAGAUGUGUUGGCCUUGUCCUCGGUUUCGAUGCUUGCAAGCUGAUAUCCGUCUCCCUCAUCGAACAGCAAUCUCCCACCAACGGCUAUGGGGGGCUCACCCUAUCCCGAGGCCUCGAACUGGUCGAGCUAUGGAACCCUCGGAUCCCCGAGGCCCGCCCUGUAUGGCCCUGGCUGUACUAUGCUCCAGUCCAGCACUUCAACCUGUGCCUGAAUAUGGACUUCGGUGGGUCAGAUGGCCGCCUGCUGCAAUCCUUAACCCGGAUCGACUUCCUCGUAGGUAGCUUUCCAGCCGUUUUCUUAGGAAUGAGCUUCGUCUACGACGGCGCGAGUGAGCAAACCUACGGACGAACCGAAAACAGAGAGAGUAUCGAGGAUACGACUCAUGUCAAGGCGAUACAGCAGUCCUUCCCAAUUGAUGGUCCUCAUGAUGAGCAUCUGUCCUCGCCCGGCCGGGAGAUGCGGGACUUUGCAUUCACCGCUGCCGACCUCGUGGGCCUACGAAAGAUCCGGGUCUCGGUGGACAAAGAAGGCCAGGGGCACAUAACCGGGCUCUGGCUCGAGUAUCAUGAUUCGAAUGUGCCAGUCAUACUAGGCCAGUGGAUCGACGAGUUUGGGUGUCUAACCAUUGCACCCGAUGACCGGCUCACGGAGGUGACAACGUGGCACGGCUAUACGAGCACGCAUUGGCGAGAGAAUAUCGGACCUGUCAAGAAAUUGGUAUUUGGCACGGCGAGCGGUAACAGGAAGGAGUUCCUCGAUCCGUUGCUUAGUGGGAACCUCGUCUUACGGUAUCGAGAGAACCCAUAUGAGAACCUGACUGCUAUAGUUUGGGGAUCAUAUCACGAAGAGGAUCGUGCUAGGGUUCUCUACUCGCCCAAACCCGGCAUUCGCGAGGACGAACUGAUUAUAGAAGAAAACUCUUUUUUGAGCUCGUCCCGACUGGUGAGGGAAAAGAUCUUCAUGGAGGAAACACUCGAUGACGGUAGACCAAACCGCGUCACAGGCAUCGAGGUCAGCUUCAAGGAAAAUAACAGCGAGCUGUCGGGUUUACCCCUGAUCUAUGAACACGGGUCAGCGCAGAGUCUCGGUACGCGGGGGCGAUCGCCGCACACCAUUCAACUGUGCGCGGGAGAGAAACUAACCCGCAUGGAGAUCGGGGUUCAAAAACCGAACAAGGCAGUGUUCAUCAAGUUCUUGACGAAUUCCGACCGCACGCUGCAUUCCAGCGAAAGCAAGGGCCGCGACAGCACCCAGCAGAAAACCCACCGAGUAGUCUUCAACCUCCACCCAUCCUGCCCGAAGCAGCCAAGUGUGACUGGCAAAAAAUCAAAAAUGUAUCGCGGGUUUCCUGAGGACGCUGUGCUGGGCCCAAUCUUCGACACCGCUGACGCUACCGGUGGCACUAUAGAGGAUGAGCAAGAGCAGGAGCAAGAGCAAGAGGCAGACUGGCGAACGAUCUGCAGAAGGUGA